AAAUCCGUCACCGUACAAACCCUGUGAUUAUAUCUUGCGGACAGAAAAAUCAGAGGAGGAAGAUGAAGAUCACGGCCUUGCUGGUCCUCAAGUACAAUUCAGACGAAUCCGACCCGAUCAUCUUGGCCAACGCCUCCGAUACCAGCCACUUUGGCUACUUCCAGAGGUCCAGCGUCAAGGAGUUCAUCGUCUUCGUCGGUCGCACUGUCGCCAGACGCACCCCGCCCGGCCAACGCCAGUCCGUCAAGCACGAAGAGUAUAAAGUGCAUUGUUACAACAGCAAUGGUCUCUGUGCGCUGGGUUUUAUGGAUGAUCACUAUCCUGUCCGAAGUGCAUUUUCUCUGCUCAACCAGGUGCUAGAUGAAUAUCAGAAGGCUUUUGGUGAUUCUUGGAGGACUGCACAACAGGAUGGCACACAACCGUGGCCCUAUUUGAGUGAGGCUCUGACGAAAUUCCAGGAUCCUGCAGAGGCUGAUAAGUUGUUGAAAAUUCAGAGGGAAUUGGAUGAAACAAAAAUUAUCCUUCAUAAGACUAUUGAUAGUGUGCUUGCACGAGGUGAGAGACUGGACAGUUUAGUCGAGAAGAGUUCGGAUCUUAGUGCAGCAUCGCAGUGUUUGUUUGAAACAGAUGUUCUACAAGCAGGCGAAACAGGCCAAUUCGUGUUGUACCAUAUUGUAAGCUUGUAAGCCGAGCAGCAAUCCUGAAAUGACAAUCCCAUGUUAUGGUGUUGAAGUUGAUGGAUGAGAAAUUGAUGAUUGUAAUAUGUUGAUAUCAUUUGGCAGAAGUGUGUGAAGUUCCCUCAUUUUCGUAUGUAUCAAAGAAAGGGAAACCAGAUAUUCAUAGAGGUCUCCUGCUACUAUAGUAUACUACGGUUUCUGUUUCGUAACUUGAGAUUUUACGUCUCCGCCUGCAUCUACGUGAUAUUCUCAGUAUGAUUUUAUGAAAUCUAUGUCAUUGCUUAUUCUUUCGAA